UGUUUACCUCCUAUCCGAGAAGAUCGUAGGCAAUAUUUGUUGGAUAAUGUAGUAUUUUGCGAGUUGUGAAUGGCUAACCUUAUUUCUAAGUAGUCAUUCAUGGUUUCAAGAUGAUUCCGUGGUAUAUAGUCAAGUACUAUCUGCACAAACAUUCCAAAUUUUGCUCCUGUCUAGGGGUGUUGCUACUCUUUACAGUAUGCUUCUACAGCUAUCUACAGCUGUUUUUGGCAGUAUGGUCAUUCCUAUUAGGCAUAGCUGGGGCAUAUAGCUUCAUCAGCUCUGAUUCAAUAUUACCAAAUCUUCUGUUCAUGUUCAAGAGAAGCAAAAAGGAGGGUAACAUAGGAGAUGAUGAGUUGACCUUAAUGAAGACCAUGUGUACUGUUUGUGGUCAGAGGAAGUGUCCACGACACAGACCAGAGCUGAAUAUCCUUGCCUUCCAACCAUGGACCAACCUGGAGUUACAAGGGAAGGUAGACGAGUCUGUGGAAGAGUUCCUGUCUAUAGUUGUAAAAGAAUAUGUGUAUACCUGGUACAGAGAUGUGAGUGUUGAUGAAGGCUUCGUGGAUGAACUGAGAACAAACUUACGUUUCCUGGCAUCAGUAUUGUUGAGACGGGCUAAAAAAAUUGAUAUUCCACUGUUGGUGAGUGAGAAACUGAUAAAGGCAGCCCUCCAACAUCUCCACGUUUAUCUUGAGGCAAAGAAAGAAGCACCCCCGGGUACUGACCUUCAGCAGUUGACACUAGACAAGCUUGGACCACACCUUCACUGUGCCAUGCAGAGUCGUAAGGCAGAGCUGGAGUAUCUCAGGAGAAUGGUCGAGUCUCUCUUUCCUUUCAUCUUAAAUCCCCAGGGCCUAAACUCAAAAUGUACCUGUUCCUUGGCCAGAGAAAUACUGUCAGGAUCUAUACUACUACCAGCACUGGACGCCAUAGCUAAUCCAGAUAUGGUGAAUAAUAUAUUAUUGAUAUUUCUGGAUGAUACACCACCACCCUUAGCAACAGAGCCUCCUAGUCCCAAGGUCACCUUCCUGGAGAAGUUUUCUCUUACAUCCGUCAGAAAUAAUUCAUGCCUCCAUCAUGAGCUGAACGAUAUCAUUGGUGGUAACUACCCUAAUCUGCUGUACACAUUCAUGCAGUUCCUGAAACGUGAAGCUGCUGUUAAUGUCCUUCAAUUCUGCCUGGCUUGUGAUGACUUUAAUAAACAAGUACUCAAUCCUGAACUGUCCCAGAGUGCACUUGUAGAACUCCAUAACAAAGCUAAAGAUCUGUACCGCUCUUACUGUGCCAAAAAUGCUCCUGAUAAGAUCAAAUUUGAUGAGGAAAUUGUCUCAGAAUUAAAAGAAAUAUUGGAAGGCCCACCUGAUCAAGUAAUACGCCUCAGAACUUCAACACCAUUGUUUAAAGCAUAUGAACAUGCCUAUAACCUGCUGGAGAAAACCUUUAUCCCCUUGUUCCAUCAGAGUGAGGAGUAUUAUGAAAUGUUGUGUGGUAGCCGUGUCAUGUCUCAGAUAUCAAGAAAUACCCCAAACAAUCAGUACGCCCCCCGACAGCCCAAUAACUCUAGAAUGCCAAAGAAGAAAGAGUUUGGAUUAUCAAACAUAGGGCACAAGAUCAAGGGCGUCUUCAAAAGCACGGAAAUGAAAAGUCUACCAGAGAUGGAUAACUUUGAUGAUGCUGACACUGUCACAAUUGCUUCGUGCAGUUCCCUGGAUGAUGAAGUCCCUGAAUGCAUUGCUAUGGAGGGUUCCUUCCAGGAGUUUACUUUGCCUGACCUUAGCACAUGGAGAGUUACCAUUCCAAGGAUAGGUGCCCGACCAGACCCAGAGAACCCUCGCAAACAGUAUUUUGUGUUCAUUAUCGAUGUUCGGAGGGUAGAUCUCGCACAUAACAUUGGAACCAGAGGUGUUCCAGAAAAGGAAAGCUGGGUUGUGGCCAGGAGAUAUCCAGAAUUUUAUGUUUUGGAGAGUAAAUUACUGGAAUUCCAUGGCGAACUGCUGGCAGAUUGUCCUCUCCCCGCCAAAAGAUCAUUCGGGACAGGCAAACAGGAGUUUAUAGAGAACAGGAGGGAAACAUUUGAAGUUUAUCUUCAGAAACUGUUGACCAAGCCAUUCCUGAAGGGCAGUCAGCUGCUGUACUCAUUUCUAACUACAGACCAUGAAUUUACAACAGGAUUCCUACCUGACAUUAAUCUAGGAAAAAUGUUUAAAGCCGGAGCCAUGAAGCUUGUUAAAGAGAAAGGACAGCAUUUAGACCCCUUCCUGAUGUCAUUUAUACAGUCGACAGAAGUCCCAAAGCCUAAAUCAUGUAAAUCAGAGCGGCGAGGAUCCGACGCAUCACUCAAGUCAACGUCCAGCGAGAAACUUUGCUGUAGUCUGUACGAGAACAAUGCCAAUUACUCAUCCGAUAGCAUCGCGUCUAGUCAAACGUCCAGUCUGGAACUGGACUUCUCUGCAGCUAAUGGCCAGCAGGAGACCAUGGAAAGGCAGGACCUGGAGGGUGUUUUCGACGCUCUGAUCUACCUGGCACGGUAUGUGUACAGUAUACCCGACUGGUUCCAUCAUGUCAUGAUGACAAGCCGUAUCCUGUUCAAGAUGACCCUUGAGAACUAUCUGGAGUGGUAUAUAGGGCAGAAGGUUGAUCAGGUCACUCAGGAACACCGCAUAGUGGGCCUCGUCCAUCUUCUCCGAGAUGUACUGUUCUUCGACACAGAUAGACCAAGGACUGAUGAACAGAAAAAGGAAAGAUUUGAGCAGACCUUGGCAGGAUGCUUGGACUUUAUACCAAAACCUUUUGUGUCAGUAGUUGGAAGAUCAAACCAUGAAAAUGGUACCAAACUGAUCUUAGAAGUUCUCCAGCAGCCUAAACUUAAUAAACAGCUUUCGUAUGUGUUCCUCGAUAUCGUGAUUCAAGAAUUGUUUCCUGAGCUGAGAGGUUAAUUUAUCAUGUCAGAUUUGAGAUGUUGACAUCCUCUUGGAGCUGAGAAGUUUGUCCAUCAUCACUGAUCAGAGAGGAUGAUCUAUUACCAGGGGAUGUGUCAUUGUGAUGAGAUAAAGACCUGUCUGAUUUAGCAGGAUAGUACGCCAUGGCUGAGCCGAGUGGACGAUUCACUUUCCCGAGAUGAUUAUAUUAAGUCCAACACUAGAAUUGAAAACAUUCCCACAGCAUACAUUUUGUGUCUCAUUAAAACAAUGCCAUAUUGGUCCAUUGUAACUCAGAGAUUACAUCAAAAUAUAUCUUUAUUAUCGUCCGAUUAUCUUCUGUUGUAGGGCUGACAUUGUCUCCACACUCAAAUGUUUUAUGUCGUUGGAUCAUGUCAAAAGAAUUACUUUGAUAAUUUAAUGAAAUCACCUUCAAUCAUGAUGAGAAACAUUCCAUGACUUUAUCUUAAUGCUAUAAUAUCUUUUGUCUGAAUCAUAUUCAUACAUUUUUAGCAAAAAACAGAUAAGACAAAAUAUCUUAAUGCUCUAAAAUCUUUUGUCUGAAUCAUAUUCAUACAUUUUUAACAAAAAACACAGAUAAGACAGAACUCGAAACCAACUGACCAGAUUCACUAGACAAUGAGAUUAGUGAGGAUUGUCACUGUGGAAUUUUCUUUUAAUGGAACCUGAUACUGAAGGAGGUCAAACAUCACAUCAGGAAUGUUCUUGUCUAUUACUCUGACAAUAUGAUCCUGCAGAAGAAUGACAUUUCUGUUAUGUUGGUAUGGGUAUGGAUCAUUUUAGUCACCAUUUUGUCCCCAAGUCGACUAGAACAUCUGUGAUCUUUCUUUGUUUUGUGUGUGAGAACAUAUGUUAAUAUGUUUAAUGUGCUUCUGUUGAUGUUAGAAGAUAAUGUUUUUUCAUCUCUGUUGGGACUAGCACCAUGGAACUAAUUCAUUAAGGAUUUUUUAUUUUUGCGAUAAAUCCAACCCUUAAAUUUGGAGUGAAUUCAAAAUGUGGGUUCCCUGCCAAGACCUCGAUACAGGAUAAAUAUGUUAUAAGUAAAUAUGUUAUUAUGGCGAGCAGAUACUGGAUGUAGCUUUCUUCUCCUUUUCUUCUGCUGUCCGUCCAAUUUACUGACUUAAUUCAAAUGGUACCUCUUCAGUCUAAGAAGAGCUAACUUAUGUGGGGGGUUUUUCCUGACUUGAUAGUUUUCUUUUACGAUGUAUAGAGUAAAGCAACAAAAAUGGUAAUCAAUUUGCUUUAGAGUUAUUUCCCUUGUGAUAAAAGUUUCUCUUCCCUUUCACUUUUAGUGUGUUUAUUGUUCUUUCUUCCUUUUUUUUUAUAGUGUAUGUUAUUCUUGUAUGAAGCUCAGGAUCGAAUGUGUAAAAGUAGAGAGUAUAGGUCACCUUACUAGCUCAGACUAGCGGAAAUUUCCCUUUAGCCUAGUGGUAGGAUGUUUGCCUUGAGAGUGAAAGUUCGCUGGUUGAGCCCCAGCAUGGACAGGUUUUUUCUUUACUCCUUCCUAUUACACAUGUAUCGGUCCUCAGUUUGAUUUCUCCAGCUUUCCAUUUUCCUCUUUUUUUAAAGUUUAUUUUGGUUUUCAGAUACUCAAAUUUCCGACAACUGUAAUUCUAUAGAUAAGAGCAUUGCUAGAUGUGAUGUAUAAGGAAAACUUCUGUAAACAAUGAGUUUAAAUACCGGUAUACAGAAUGUAACAUCAUCAGUGACAAAACAUGUAUUUUAACCCCUUUAUCUGAAGCUGGACUUUCCGGUAUGGAGAUCAGUAAAAAAGCUAAAGGUAUAUAAAUUAAUUCCUGUUUGGCAAUCAACAAUACAUAUACAAUCACUCUUUAUUUAUGCCUGUGCCAGCAUAUGGAACAGUUUGUCACUUGUUUUUAACUUAUUUAUAUAUCUACUACUAAGAGUUUUGAACUUUAUUGUAAAUGUUUUACAUGAUCAUGAUGAUCAUUGAUAAGAGAUUAUGUAUAUAUAUUCACGUAAUUUUAAAGGACUUUAAAGUUCAUAGUCACAAACAACCGCUGACAUGAUGUUCUCAGAUAUUUUGAAGGUCAAAGUUCAAGAUAAACUCAAACAUGUUAUCAUUUAUGAAAAAAUUGUAGAUUUGUUUUAUCUUAGUAAGAUAAUCACCUCAUAGUGCUUUUAACCUGUGAUAAUAGUUUACUACAACUACGUUUUUAAGGUUUGUGAUAUGCACAGUAAUAAACAAAAAUGAUAAUACAAUUUUGUUCACCUAAUAUUUAUAACUGGAUACAUUUUUGAAGUACAUUAUGUAUCCGUCAUCCUUUUACAAUUUUAAAAUUUCCAAAUCAUUUUUUGUCAAACCAUUUCCAUUCAAGGGAUCAAACAUUAGAAAAUUGGAUUUUGAUUUAAAAUUUUGAUUUAAUAUAAAGUGUUAAAGUUAAAAACAACUUAUGCUAAUUAUUUAUAUAUUUCUUCAUCCAUGUUACAAUUGAUUUAGAAGUCUUUGAUAUUUGUGUGAUACAAGCUUGGUGUUUGUAAUCUGAUGUUAGUGACUCUGCCGCCUUUGUGGUUGUGAUAUAUACCUGUCAUGUACAAGUGCAAUCUACGACAGGGACUUGGCACAAAUUAUUAACCCACAAUUCAUAUAUAUAUAGAUAUAUAAGGACCAUGAGUUUGGAAUUUAUGUCAAGUCCCUGUGUAAUCUACCUAAUACUGGGACACUGGCAUUAAUAUUAGCCUACAUAACUUACUACAUUGUAUUGUUACGUUUACCUGUAUGACUGAGGCAGGACUGCUUUGUUCUGGUAUAGGGACAUUGAUUUAUCACGAGACAUUCACUUUUAUUUUAUUUAUUAAAAUGUUUCAAAUUAA